AAAUAAGAGAUGUCAAUAUAUCAUUACUUCAAUGUUAACAACAGUAGGUGAUUCAAAGGGAUCUAACCAGGAGAAUAACAGGACGGGAGUAAACAUGCAGAACGAGGUUCAACAAAACGUGGUUGGCUAUCAGCCUGACCAGCAAGUUAUUUACACCAUUCAAGCCCCACGCCCCAGUGGUAGAGUUGAACAAUUCAAUGGAAAAGCAGCAACCAUAAUAGGAUCCAUCAUGAUUGGGUUAGGGAUCCUAUCUAUUAUUCUAGGGGGUGUAGCUAUUGUAUUAAAGGUAGCAUCAUAUUCCGUUGGUACAGGAAUCUGGUGCGAACUUUGUUUCUUUAUAGUGACUGGAUCAUUUGGCAUUGCUGCAGGCAGAUUUAAAUCAAAAUGUUUGAUCAUCACAUUUAUGGUAUUGUCAAUUGUGACAUCAUGUGCCUGUCUCACUCUGUUGGGCCUCUCUGCAGUUGGACUGGCAAAUGAUGUUGAUCCAGGCAGCACUAUGUAUCACAUCCUCUGCCUAUUGCUGUAUGGCUGUCUGUUGUUGCAACAAUGUAAGUGAAUCAAAUACACAACAUGGCCAUAUUAUUGGACAAGGGCAACAAGGAGUCCUAGCAAUGACCACAAGUGGGCCACAAGUGAUUUAUGUG